ACGCUCUAUUGUUUACUGUCUGAGUUGGAAGGGGGGCGCUAAUGGCACAGAUUUUUUUCUUUACUGUAAACACCUAAACGUUGUUGUUCAGACAGGAAUUGUUUCUUUUUCUGACAGUGGUAUUUUUUUUGCGUAGACGUGAACAAUCGGUAAUGCCGGGCGGAGAUAGAAAAAUAAUGUUCGCUUUUUGUUUUCGUCCGAGAGGCUAAAACCUGACGAUGCUAAUGUUAGCCCAGCUAGUCAGCAGCUGGACAGACUUUCGUCUGUCCCAGUGUCAUUGUUUUGUGUCGUCGUAUUGAAACUAUUGGCUGCUUUAAUUUGGUUACGGAUGUGAUAAAAACAGACAAAGAACCAGCAGAGAGUGUAAACAUUUAACCUGUUUAGUUUUCCUGUCUGCUGUUGUUGUGUGAAGGUAUCCGGUCAGCUGGACAGCUUACUCUCUGUUGCUUAAUGGGGUGGAGAUUACUACCGCCACACAGGCUGGAGUAACAUUUAGGCGUCGGUUCUCGAGACGGUGACAGGCACGAUGGUGCUGAGGAACUGCUGGAAGUCUCGACACAAAAACAGCCGUGGACCCGCGCAUCGCUGGGUCCGACCUGGAACGGCAGCCCUGUUCUGGGUCUGUGCGACCCAGUUAGUUUGCGGCACCGGAGCUGUCGUCGGGGAGACGAAAUACGUCCAGAAAGACGCAGAGUUCGACGUGACCUACAACGACACGGUUACCAGUGAGAACCAGACCAUCUACGCGUUCAACCACACGAUAUCCAGGAAUAAGACGGAGGGGGUCCGUGUGUCCGUGGACGUGAUGCAGCAGCAGCUGGAGAGUCCCAUCCUGUUCGUGAUCCGGCAGAAGCAGGCUGUCAUGUCUUUUCAAGUCCCUCUCAUCCUGAGAGGCCUCUACCAGAGGAAGUACCCGUACAAACACAUCGCUCGAACAUUGUGCCAACCUCCAACACGGGCCGCCUCCGAGACCCAGUACUUCUUUGUCGACGUGUCUACCCUGUCGAGCCAGGGUACAAACUACCUGCUCCGGGUCAGCCGCGUGGAGAGCUUCACCCUGCAGACAGACAAGACAUUCACCUUCACUGCAUCACCGUCCCAGCCUCAGUUCUUUAAGUACGUCUUCCCAGAUGGAGUGGAUACUGUCAUCGUCAAGGUCAACUCGGACAUGAGCUUCCCCUGCUCUGUUAUGUCAGUCCAGGAUAUCCAGUGCCCUGUCUAUGAUCUUGACAACAACGUGGCCUUCAUUGGGAUGUACCAGACGAUGACAAAAAAAGGGGCCAUCACUGUUCAGAGGAAGGAUUACCCCAGCAACAGUUUCUACGUGGUGGUAGUUGUAAAAACGGAGGACGAGGCGUGUGGCGGCCCACUGCGCUUUUACCCCCUGCAACCCGAUGAGCUGAUCGACGCCGGGAACCGGACCAAGGUUCUCGAUGUGAUGGUCUCCCCUGCCAUCAACUCUGAGAAGUACGUGAUCGGGAUGCUGUUCUGUCUGGGCAUCUUCUUCUCGUUCUACCUGCUGACCCUGCUGGUUACCUGCAUAGAAAACAAGAGAAUGAAGAGGAGAGAGAUGUUUCAGGUUCCUGCUGACAUGUCGCCUGCUGAGACAGCCUCUCUUCUUGGAAAGAACAGCGACGGCAAGACUCCAGCCUCUCCGUAUGAAUAUGGCUCAUUUGCGGACAACGGCAGCACCCUGAGCUCGGAGGCCAUCACUGACAGCGUCAUGUCCACUGACAACUAUGGAUACAUGGAGCGAUCUUUGGACAGUGUUGCACGAAGCAGGCAGGAGUCUCUGAGUUCUGUGGAGGAGGACGACUAUGACACAUUAGAUGACAUCGACUCAGACAAAAACAUAGUUCGCACUAAGAAGUACCUGUGUGUCGCUGAUCUGGCUCGUAAAGAUAAGAGGAUUCUCAGCAAGAAAUACCAAAUCUACUUCUGGAACAUUGCUACUAUCGCUGUGUUUUAUGCGCUGCCAGUCAUCCAGCUGGUCAUCACCUAUCAGACGGUUGUUAAUGUCACCGGGAAUCAGGACAUCUGCUACUACAACUUCCUGUGUGCCCACCCACUGGGAGCUCUGAGUGCGUUCAACAAUAUCCUCAGUAACCUUGGUUACGUGAUGCUGGGAUUCCUCUUCCUCCUCAUUGUCCUUAAGAGAGACCUCGACCACAAACGAGCCCUGGUUCGCAACGAGCUCAAUGCUCUGGAGUGUGGUAUCCCAAAGCAUUUUGGUGUGUAUUAUGCCAUGGGGACCGCUCUGAUGAUGGAGGGGCUGCUCAGUGCCUGCUACCAUGUCUGUCCCAACUAUACCAACUUUCAGUUUGACACCUCCUUCAUGUACAUGAUCGCCGGCCUCUGUAUGUUGAAGCUGUACCAGAAGAGACACCCGGACAUCAACGCCAGCGCGUACACCGCCUACGCCUGCCUGGCCGCCGUCAUCUUCUUCUCUGUGCUCGGAGUGGUGUUUGGAAAGGGCAACACUGUGUUCUGGAUUGUUUUUUCAGUCAUCCACAUCCUGGCCACGCUCCUCCUCAGCACACAGCUGUACUACAUGGGCCGAUGGCGACUCGACGCUGGUAUCCUGCGCAGGAUUGUGUACGUUAUCUACACAGACUGCAUCAGACAGUGCAGUGGACCCAUGUACAUCGAUCGUAUGGUUCUGCUCGUGAUGGGAAAUAUAGUCAACUGGUCUCUAGCUGCCUAUGGCCUCAUAGAGAGGCCCAAUGACUUCGCCUCCUACCUGCUGGCCAUCGCCAUCUGCAACCUGCUGCUCUACUUUGCCUUCUACAUCAUAAUGAAGCUUCGGAGCGGCGAGAGAAUCAAGUGUCUGCCAUUCGUGUGUAUUCUCUUCACGGCAGUGGUUUGGGGAUUUGCACUUUACUUCUUCUUCCAGGGUCUCAGCACCUGGCAGAAAACUCCAGCCGAGUCUCGUGAGCACAACAGAGACUGCAUCCUGUUGUCGUUCUUUGACGACCACGACAUUUGGCACUUCCUGUCCUCCAUCGCCAUGUUUGGAUCCUUCCUG